UUGAUAAAAGUAACUUUGUGUUGCUGUCCAGAGGAAAAGCAAAACACACAUACGAAGUAUAUAACGUGGCAAAAGAAAUGGCUGAAGCACCCGAUGUACCCAAAGAGGAACCUGUUGAAGAGGCUACUCAAAGCGAUUCAUGGUGGGGAUCCAGUUGGCUGCAAGCAGCCAAGAAUAAGUCUGUAGAAGUAUUUGACACAGUGAGAAAAGAUGUCAAUGAACUGGCUCAAACUGCCAAAGAUAAGUCUGCCGAAGUUUACGAUUAUGUCCGAAAAGAUUUUGAUGAGUUCACUCAGACUGUCUCUGAAGAAGUGAGCACCACAGCCACAGCUUUAAAGGAGAAAUUGAAGAUUGACGAUUCAAGUGGAACAGCUGCAACUGUAAAGCGAAGCGUAACCUCUUUCCUCAAUCAAGUUUCUGAUGUUUUCUACAUUCCUCCAGAGGAUGAUGAUGAGCCAAUAUUUUUAGACCGCCUAACAGCCAUCAUUUAUACAUUGGGUAGUGAUCCUGCAACUUUCCUGGUGAAUCCUGAUGAAGCCGAGUUUGAGGCUUGGCAGGAAUCUUUGAACCUUGAAUCACAGCAGGAAGAUAUUGCUGCUUUAAUGGCAAACAAUGAGAAAUUGCGUAAUAAUUUCGAAACGCUUGUCCCAUCUAAGGUGUCAGAGGCUAUGUUUUGGGCACGAUACUUGUUCCGCAUACAUGUUGUUCGGGAGGAAGAGACCAAAAGACAAAUCAUACGAAAAGAAGCUCAAAUUCGAGCCCAAGCUGACACCAAGGCAAAUGAUUUGAACUGGGAUGAUGAUGAAGCAUUAACUACCCCUGAAGAAAUUCCAGAAGAACUUCAAAGUAAACUGCUGGCCGAGUAUGAGAAGGAAUGCCAAGUUCGACUUUCAAGUGACGAUAAAGGUGAAUUGAAGUGCAAGGAGAAAGGCGACAUGGUAUUGGUCUCAAGAUCAGGUGAAAGUGGAAGCACUUCACCUGGAAAAGUAGAAAGCAGCAACGAAGAUGACUGGGAAGAAGCUGUUGCGCCCGUCGUUCAGCCCAAGGAACCGGUGAAGGCGACACAGAAAUCUCCCCAGAAAUCCCCACAGAAGUCUCCCCAGAAAUCGGCUAAAAAGUGAUAAACUGGAUGCGAUGAACGUUGGGAUCAAUUACUUUGAAACAUUACAAGCACACCGCGUAUUCUUUUUGGGAUUUUCGUUGAAUUUUGCUGUAAAUUCUAUAUAUCAUCUCUUCCCUAUAUACUUUCAAUUUCAUUAGCAAGCGAUUUAAAAAACAAACAAUCUGUUAACGACGAUGGAUGCGCUAUUGUAACCAAGUUUUUGAAUUCCCCAUCAAGCCUUUAAAAACUGCGCUAGUUACAACUGCAUACAGGACUUUCUUAUGAUUUCAGUUUUGUAUCAUGGAUAAUGGUAUAUCAAAUAUCAGCCGGUCAUUAGCACGGAAUAUAUUAUUAUUUACUAA